AUGAGGUCCGCAUCGAUAUCCAUGCACAGCCUCGCGGCGGCAAGCUCCUUUCUGUGGCUUUUCGCCGCAACUCUCAUGCUCCCCAGCUUGGUAGAGGCGGCAGCAAAAUCGUCCAACCAGGCAACUCAUGACGGCCUCCGCAAGCUCACCGCUGCCAACUUUACCCUCACCGAUCAGGGUGCCUGGCUCAUCGAGUUCUACUCGCCCACCUGUCCCCACUGCAAACGAUUCGGCGCUACCUGGUCGGAGCUCUCCCAGAACAAGGACUACCUGCGCACACAGUAUCCGCAGGCUCCCUUCACCCUCGCCCAGGUCGACUGCGUGGCUCAGUGGGACCUCUGCAAGGAGCAGGGCGUUGCUUUCUUACCCCAACUCACCAUCUACCAGGACGGCAAGCAGAGCCCGGAAGUGUACAAAGGCGACCGCAACUAUCCCGAAAUCUCGGCCUACAUCGACAAAGUCGCCAAGGAGUACCGCGAGAGCAAAGGCUUCGCCGAGGUGCCCGACGUAGCUUCCGCCGAUGCCAAGGCAGCAGUUACUGAUGCCGCGACACCAGCGCCAGCACCCGAUACCUCUGCUGCCAGCUCUGCUUCUGCUGCCGCGUCCACAUCAACCACGUCAACCGAGCCUGCUAAGGAAGGAAGCAUUCCUUCUUCUUCCUCGUCCACCGCUUCCACUUCCGCUGUCGAGGCGAUCCAAGAAGUUUUGCCAUCCGGUCCCAAUCCCCAAGGUCAGCUCAUUAGCUAUGGCUUCGCACCCGUCGAGAACAAGGAACAGUUGGCAGAAUGGCUGGACAAAUCUUCCGGGCAAGGUCCGACCUUUGUCAAGUUCUUCGCUCCCUGGUGCCCGCACUGCAAAGCUAUGGCAGCGGCCUUCAAGCAGCUUAGCGAGUCCCUCAAAGGUAGGGUCAACGCGCUUGAAGUCGACUGCAAUGCCAACCGGGAUUUGUGCGCCGGCUACGACAUCCGUAGCUAUCCUGUCCUACGCCUCUACGAUCAGGGCAACGUCAAGGAGUACACGGGUGGCAGGAACCACGAUGCCAUGCUCAAGUGGGUGCUCAAAGCCGUCUCGAGCUCCGGCUUGAAACCUGUCAGCUCCAGCAACGAACUCGUCAGCCUCGCCAAGGACAACGAGGUCAUGUUCCUUUACCUCCAUUCGCCAGGCACGCCCGUUGAGGAGGUCCAUGCGGUCGAAUCCGCCGGCCAGGUGCUGUUUGGCGGCCGUUCUCCCAUCUUUGUGUCGUCCGAGCCAGCACUGCUCGACCGGUACGCCAGCGCUCUGGCCCAAGACCGCUCCGUGUCGGUCCCUGCUACGUCAGGCCUGCUCGUGUUCAAGGACCAUUCCAUCGUACAGCCCGUCUCGGUUCUCCACCCGUCCACCUUGCGGGACUCUGCCUCGAAGCAGGCCGUCUACUCGGAGCAGGCUGUCACGCAGAUCGCCAACUUUCUGUCUCGUGAACAGUAUUCGCUGGUCACUGAGCUCACCGCCGCCAACUUUGAAGAGAUCGUGCGUAACAAGGAGGAUGCGCUGGUCGUGCUUGCCGCACUCUCGGAUACCUUCCAUGGCGCGCGGCCAGCCGGCACACCUGCUGAGGGCAUCGCGCUCAAGGAGGUUGAAAUUGAUGCGUUGCGAUCCAUUGCGCUCGAGUGGAGACUCAAGAAGGCUUCAAACUCGGCCAGGCAGGUGAUUUUUGCAUGGAUUGAUGCGGAUCGAUGGAAGUCGCCUCUCAAGAAGCUCUAUGGCAUCGAUGCUACUAGGGUGCCUGCGGUCGUCUUGGUCGAUGGCAACAAGCUGCAGUACUACGACUUGCCUUACCUCACUGCCUCGAACGCAUCACCCGUGAAAGCUCAAGGGUGGAUCACGAAAGAUGUAUUCGCUGCUAUCGACAACGCAGUCCAGGGUAAGAGUGUGGCCAGAUCCUCGAGGAGUCUCUUACAAAAGUCGGUCCGUGGCGCUGGAAACUACAUGAAUGCUUUUGUCGAAACAUGCGUCGCUCACCCCAUUGUUGCGUUUGGCUUCGUCUUCACCGUCCUCGGAGCGCUCUUCUUCUAUCUCGGUCGCGCGUCGACGAGCUCAGCAUCCACGCUGCCCUUGUACUCAAAGGUCUCAACGGUCAAAGCCGACUAA